AUGGCUACAGAAAUAAAAUCAGAUAUAAAAAUGGAAAUAAAUAUCUUGGUAGCAAAAUUGGAUGGUUUUGAGGUUAAAUUAAAAGAUAUGGACUUUCAAGUAAAUCACCUGAACGAUGAUUAUCAAUUGGCACUCCGCAAAAUCUCUGACCUCGAAUUUAAAGUGAGCGAUUUGGAAGAUCGAUCUAGGCGGAAAAAUCUGCGCUUCAGAAAUCUGCUGGAGAAGGGAACUGAGGACAAUGUUAAACAAAUUGUGAAAGAAUAUAUAUCUGCCUUAGGAAUUACAUAA